AUGGACUCGCGUUCAGUCCCGUUGGCGCUACUUCUGCUCUUCCUCGUUCUCUGCGUGGUCGGAGUUCGUCCCGCCGGUUCGUGGUCGUUGACCCUCGUACAUUCGCAGGACAGCUAUGGCGCAGUGGUGGCGGUCGACGGCGCCAACAACCCGUGCGCCCCCGUGGGCCUCUCCUACGCCGGGGGCGAAGGCCUGGGCGGGUGCCUCGGCGGCAACGCCCGACGCGAGGCAGCCAUCGCGCAACUCCGGAGCAACGCAAGCACGAACCUGUUGGUGGUGGACAUCGGCAACGUCUUCUCAGGCGGGCAGUACUUCUUGUUCUCGUACGACACGGUGCUCAAAUAUACGCUAAAAAUUGGCUACGACAUCAUCAAGCUCGACCUCUAUGACAUGCUCGUCGGAGCGGACAGGUUCACGAAGUUCGUGCCGCAGUUCACGGGAAACAACACCCGGAUCGUGAGCUCCAACCUGGUUGGACUGCAGGACGAUCCGGUGACGGCCGCACUCGACAUCCAAACCCAAACAAUCAUCUCCUACGACGAUGGCGAAAAGGACUCGACGGACGAGGUCGACGCCUUGCAGGUUGCCGUCGCCAUCUUGCAGAACCAGGGAGUAAACAAGGUGAUUGUGGCGGUGAGCAACAUCAAGUUCGUCGACCCGCUUCUUGAGCGGGUCAGCGGUAUCGACGUCGUGUUGGUUCAGCGACAGUACUACGCCAACAACAACGAGACCGGCACCGCGGUGGGACCCUAUCCCGUGGUAAAGCAGAUGAGGUGGAACCAGGUGGUGUGCAUCGCCGGCGCAGGCGUGUGGGGCGCGCACCUGGGCCAGCUCGAUCUCGAGUUCGACCAGUACGGCGUGAUCCAGUCGUGCAGCGGUAACGCCAUCCCUCUCUCCGACGCCAUUACCCCGAACGCCACGCUCCAGAAUGAAGUCAUUGCCGACUACAACAUGUCCUUGGCCGGCGUGAAGCGCGUCAUCGGCCAUGCCUCUGUCAAUCUCGAUCUCAACCACAAAUGCUGGUUUGGCGAGUGCGGAAUCGGAAGCUGGGCUGCCGACCAGUUUCUUGCGGCUGGCAAGACCGACAUGGCCUUCAUCAACGGAGGCGCCUUGGCGAGGGCGAUCGCGGAGGGCAAUAUCACGGUGGAGGACUACACGCGGGCUUUCCCCUACCCCGCCGACGUGAUCACGACCUUCGGCCUGCUCGGGAAGCACCUCCUCCUCGCACUGGAACACUCGGUCUCCCUGGCCAACGAGACCACCUAUGACAUCAGCCAGGGUGUCGGUCGCUUCCUUCAGAUAUCGGGCGUCAAGUUCACCUGGAACCCGAGGGAGGAGGUGGGCAUGCGCAUCGUCAACGCCUGGGUGCGAGUGGCGGCAUCGCCCAAAGUUCCUACCGACCCGGCUCUCGCGGCGAAGCGGCAGGACGAACUGUACCGCACGACCAAGCAGUGGGAGCUGGUCGAGCCCGAGCGCGUCUACACCGCCACCACCAUCUCGUUCCUGUCCUCGGGCCUCGACGGCUACUCCUCGCUCAGCGACAACGCGCUCGAUCUCCAGACCCCCGGCCUCACCGCCGACUCGGUGAUCUUGGGCGGGUUGAGCAGCGGCUCGGUCACGCUCACCGAAACGGGGCGCAUCGUGGCCUCUGCGGCGACGCGGCGCACGUGUAUUCCACCCGGGGGCACGCUCUCUUGCAACGACAACGGCGCGUGCCUCGCUGGUGUAUGCCAAUGCACCGCGCCCGACACCUCAGGGGACUUUUGUACGGUGCAGACCUCGUCGGGUUCCGAUUCCACGUUGGCGAUCGUGCUGGGCGUCAUCCUGCCGAUCACGCUCCUGCUGGUGGUGCUGGCCAUACUCUUCGCCGUGCUCCUGCUCGGGUACAUGCGGUACAAGCGGCCCAAGGUGAUCCUCAAGGAGCCCAACUACCAGCUGUUGGUUUGGCGCAGGGAUUCGAUGGAGAGCAAUGAGGGCAUGAAGAUGCUCCCCAUGCGGCGACUCAACCUCAAGGUCCAGAGCGUGCUCAUCGAGUUCCUGAUGGACCAGCACGUCGCUCAGGCCAUCGGCAGCGUCGCCCACGCCAACCCGUCCAGCAUUGACGAAGUGGCAGCAGCCAUGGUGUUGGUGCAUCAGUCGGCGGACAAGGGCACGGAGCUGAUCAGGCUUCUGCUGAAGAACGAAUUGCUGUCGCAGGACGACGAGCAGGUCCUCUUCCGAGAGGAGACGCCCGGCGUGAAGGCCUUCUCCGUGUUCAGCCGCAUGGUGGGCCUGCCUUUCCUCUGGCACACCUUCGCCUACCCCAUCGCCGAACUCGAGAUUGCCAACAACGUGGACGCCAAGUCGCCUCGAUCGAACUUGACCGACAGCGACCCCGCCCCGUUUGGCAGCAUCUUCUCCCUCGCAACUGCGGUUGAGAUCAAUCCCAAGAUGAUGGAGGAGGGCCAGGACAACUUUGUGGGACGCCUCCAGCUGGAGCUCCUGGUGCAGAAGCUGUUCACUCGAAUUCUGGAUUCGCUGCAUCAAUUCCCGUUGUACAUGCGACAGCUGUGCCGCAUGUUGUACGAGGACAUGCGCUACGACCACCCCGACUACAUUCAUCGCGUCCUUGGCAACCUCAUCUUCCUCCGAUUCAUCACGUACGGUCUGGUCAAGGAACAGACCCACCCGCAGACGCACCGCACACUCAUCCUCAUCACCAAGGUGCUCCAGAACCUGGCCAGCAAGAACGAAUUCAGCGACAAGGAGGUGUUCAUGGAAGCCAUGAACGGAUUCAUCAAGCGCAACGUCUGCAAGUUGGAAGCGUUCUUCGACCAGCUGUGCGCGCCUACGGACGAUCCCACCUUCGGAGAUCCGCCGACGUCGAUCGUGCCGCGCCAGUUCAAGCGGAAGGCGCUCACUGUGAUGUACCAGUUCGUGCAAGCCCACGCCAAGGAGAUCCACGACGAGCUGCAGGAAUUCCCGGCCUAUGCCGUGCAGGAAUCGCUGGAGCGUCUGAAGUACCUCACGCAAGACCGAGAGAACGAAAACGAUGGCAGCACGAGCGACAGCGAAGAGAGCGAAGACGAAAUGCCCAACACCCAAAAGCUCUGA